AUGGCAAUAGUUCGUCACCAACGACAAAUUAAUCUCCGCCUUGCACUGCCGUACGUUACCGAUCGCCGCCCUCGAUUCCCACUCCCUCCCUCGGCCUCCACAACCACCGCCGUAGCAGCUUCUACGGUCACUAUCCCCGCGAUGGAGCUCGAGAGACUUGGAGUACUUGGCCAUGGGAACGGCGGCACCGUAUACAAAGUCCAAGACAAAUGCACUUCAAAGAUUUACGCACUGAAAGUCAUUCACGACGGCGGAGACGAAACAACUCGCAGGAAAGUUUACAAGGAGAUUGAUAUUCUACGUAAAACUGAUUCCCUUCACGUCGUUCGAUGCUACGAAACAUACGAGAAGCCAUGGGGGGAAGUCGCGAUUUUAAUGGAGUACAUGGAUGCUGGAAAUUUAGAUACCCUUCGUCGUAAAAAGGGUACCUUAUCGGAUCCUGAACUUGCUGAUAUAACCAGACAGAUUUUAAAAGGAUUAAGCUACUUGCAUGGCAAUAAAAUAAUCCACUUAGACAUCAAGCCUUCGAAUUUACUCGUUAACGACAAAAUGCAAGUGAAAAUCGCCGAUUUCGGUGAAAGUAUGAUCAUGGAUCGGACGUCGGAUUUAUGCAAUUCGUACGUUGGAACUUGUGCUUACAUGAGUCCGGAGAGGUUCGACCCUAACGCUAAUGGCGGUAACUACAAUGGAUUCCUUGCUGAUAUUUGGAGCUUGGGAGUUACUUUAAUGGAACUUUACGUAGGCCAUUUUCCCCUUCUACCGGCGGGAAAAAAAACCGACUGGCCUUCGCUUAUGUGGGCCAUAUGUUUCGACGAUCCGCCUACCUUGCCGCCGACUGCUUCCGAUGAGUUACGUAACUUUUUGGAGUGUUGCUUACAGAAGGAUCCUAGUAAGAGGUGGACUGCAUUUCAGCUUUUGGAACAUCCGUUUUUGAUCAAAUAUACGGCGAACGACGAUUAA